UAUCAAACUUUGACAUCAUAUGUUGGGAUUGCAUCUGUUGGAAGUGAGAUCUUUCCUACUAUUGAUCAUAUACUUUCUGAAUACUUAACUCUACAAAUUCUUUCUGCUGAAUGUAUUGAAAUUGCCCAGUGUUUGUACUUUAAUGCAAUAUUGGUUGAUCAAACAAUGAUUGGAUUAGAUAGUGAUAACGAUAAUAUAGACAUAGUUUUUGCAAAUAAUGAUACCAAUCAGGCUCAAAAUCAAAUCACACCAACAAUUCCAAUAAAUCCUCGACCACUUACUAUUCUUUGUUCAGUGGCUUUAAGUAAUAAAUAUGCAGCUGCUAGAUAUUCUAAAUUCGGUGAAAUAUGGGCCAUAAAGGCAGACCCGAAACCAAAUGAUACAAAGCCGUCACUGAGAAAACACCUUGUUAGCCGUACACUUGUCGUAGUUGUGGUCAAACUGGGCACAAUAGUGCAAGAUAUCAGAAAAAAAGUAAUUGAUAUUAGUGUGGU